AUGCGAUUAAAUGUCAUUAUCGUACUGACUGACUGGCCAAAUAAUCCAGCAAAACCCGCAAAAGGCUUUCAAAGGGCUAUGUUCAGAACUAGUUCCCCAGGAAUAUUGUUUCCGUCUAACUGUCGUACGCGCAUCUUACGAAACCGUUUCUUGGCCUGCUAGUCAGUCUGUCGUACUCGUUCUCGUUCUCGCUAAAUUUGAACUCCGAUUGGUCCAAAGCACACAUUUUCGCUUCACUUACCUAUCUGAAUCCGCCUUCUUUCUU